AUGAAAGCUUACUGUCUGCAAAACGGAAAAUAUUUAGGUAUAUCCUAUUUUACAAAUAUCAAAAAUAUAAAAUGGCUAAAAGACAACAUAAGUUCUAUUUUCAAAGAUAAAUCGCCAGUGUUAAUUAGCCGCAGAUUGAUUGUCGAUCCAUUUCAGAUUGUAGUUGCUGUGAAUAAUGCUUACUUGUCCAGUGAAAACUCCUGUAUGAAAACUAAGUCCCUUGCUAGCGAAAUUUUGUUCAAUUUAUCAAGUUCCAAAAAUAUCACACAGUCGUUGAAAGAUACAAGCGCUAAUGACCAGGAUGAUGACAUGAUAGUUGUAAUUAUAUCAAAGUACUCCAAUGUUCCUGAAAUGAAAAUAUUUCAAGAAAAAUGUAUUACAGGAUGUGAAACAAAUAUAUCAGAAAUUGCAGAAAAUAUUGAUGAAAAUUUUAUAAAAUCUUAUUACAGAAUAAGUCAAAUAGAAAGUGGAAACUCCAGUCUACUUGAUUCCAUUGUUACUAGAAUUGCUUGUAAAACUCUAACAAUGUAA